UGCUUUGCCAUGCACUCGAAUAUGCCACAGUAACUGGGGUCUCUUGUCUUGCUGUGUUCAAAUUGGCCUUCUGUGGGCUGAUGACUCACGGUAAAACUGUUCCGCCACAGAGUCCUUCCUGACAGCAGUUCCAACGUGCGGUCGGCGCACUCCGCGAUUGCUGAACUUCUAAACAGCGAGCAGCAAACAUGUUCACAUUCACGCCCUUAUUGGGGGCACAGUCCUCCUCCUCCAAAGCUUCCCAGUCGAUUCUAGAGCUUGAUGGUGGAAUCAAGAUUCUUGUUGACGUGGGUUGGGGCGAUACCUUUGAUCCACUCGACUUGCAGGAAUUGGAAAAGCAUAUCCCUACACUGUCCCUCGUUCUCUUAACCCAUGCGACCCCCGCCCAUAUCGGUGCCUUUGCGCACUGCUGCAAGGCGUUUCCCCUUUUUAACCAGAUCCCCGUGUACGCUACCAGUCCGGUCAUUGCCCUCGGUCGCACGAUGCUCCAGGACUUGUACGCGUCCUCGCCCCGAGCAGCUACAUAUCUACCGAAAGCGUCGGUCUCCGAGCCUGGCGCUUCUACAGCUGCGGCAUCGGUCGCGGAGAGUGACGGAGCUACGACCGCUGCAAGUCACUCCGGACGGAUUCUGCUUCAGCCCCCGACCGCGGAAGAUAUUGCCCGAUAUUUCUCCUCUAUUCACCCAUUGAAGUACUCUCAACCCCACGAACCGCUUGCCUCCCCUUUCUCCCCGCCGCUGAACGGCCUGACGUUGACGGCCUACAAUGCUGGACAUACUGUGGGUGGAACGAUAUGGCACGUGCAACAUGGGAUGGAGUCGAUUGUGUAUGCAGUCGACUGGAACCAGGCUCGAGAGAGCGUGGUGGCCGGUGCGGCGUGGUUCGGAGGGUCCGGUGCCAGCGGGGCGGAAGUCAUCGAGCAGCUGCGGAAACCGACUGCCCUAGUCUGUAGUACCCGGGGUGCCGAUAAAUUUGCACUCCCGGGCGGCCGCAAGAAGCGCGAUGAUCUCUUGUUGGACAUGAUCCGGAGCUCUCUUGCCAAAGGGGGCACUGUUCUGAUCCCGACGGAUACCAGCGCCCGUGUCCUGGAACUUGCGUAUGCGCUGGAGCAUUCAUGGCGCGACGCUGCCGGAACUGAGCAGGGAACCGAUCCGCUGAAGGGUGCGGGGCUGUAUCUGGCAGGGAGAAAGGCUCACACGACGAUGAGGCUUGCGCGAAGUAUGAUAGAAUGGAUGGAUGAGAACAUCGUGCGCGAGUUCGAAGCCGCCGAAGGUGUCGACGCGACGACGGGCCAGUCUCGGUCUGGUGCGGAUGGCCACCGGUCUGGUGGGCAGGCAAAUAGCAAGGGCGAAGAGAAAGGCGCAGCUCCGUUCACAUUCAAACACUUGAAGAUCGUGGAGCGAAGGAAGCGACUGGAGAAGAUCCUGAGCGACCCCACGCCCAAAGUCGUUCUUGCGUCGGAUACUUCCCUAGACUGGGGUUUCGCGAAGGAAGCCCUUCGUGUGGUGGCGGAGGGUCCGAACAACCUGUUGCUGCUUACAGAGUCGCUCCACAAGGAGAAUCUUCCUGUGGACCAGGAUGAGUCUCAACGGAAAACCCUGGGUAGUAUGAUCUGGGAAUGGUACGAGCAAAGGCAGGAUGGAGUUGCACUGGAGAAGACGUCGGAUGGCGAGACAAUCGAGCAGGUUCACAGUGGCGGACGAGAGCUAUCCUGGACCGACGUGCAGCGAGCGCCGCUAGACGCCGGAGAGCAGCUGGUCUACCAACAAUAUCUCGCGACACAACGACAACUCCAAGACACCUCGCAGGCGCGGGGCCAGGAAGCCUUGGAGACGGCGGCCGAUGCCCUGGAUGACCGGUCCAGCUCAUCAUCCGAGGAUUCCGAAGAGGAGCAACAGGGACGAGUGCUAAAUUUCUCAACCUCUUUGGCACACGUCAACCGCAACAAGCUUGGACUCAGCGACGAAGAUCUGGGCAUCAACGUCCUGCUACGGCGGAAAAAUGUGUACGAUUACGACGUUCGCGGCAAGAAGGGUCGCGAGCGAAUGUUCCCAUACGUAGCUCCGCGAAAGAAGGGAGACGAGUAUGGAGAGUUCAUUCGGCCGGAGGAAUACCUGCGUGCUGAAGAACGCGAGGAGGCCGACAUGCAACAACGGCGCUCUGACUCCCAGACCAAGCUUGGCCAAAAGCGACGGUGGGACGAAACCGGACCCAGCGGAGGUCCCAAGCGGGCGCAUCUGGCUGAUGGGGAUCUGCGGAGAGACACCGGUACGGCAGAUGGCAUCAGUGUUAGUAGUGAUGAAGACGAAGAAGACAAGGAGGACGCAGAUGCCGCGGCCGAGCCUGAUGCUGUCGACGAACAAGCCUUCGAGGGCCCCGCGAAGGCCGUCUACGCGAAGAACUCCCUCACGAUCAACGCGCGACUUGCGUAUGUGGACUUCACCGGACUGCAUGACAAACGAAGCUUGGAGAUGCUCAUCCCGCUGAUCCAACCGCGCAAACUGAUCCUGGUGGGCGGCAUGAAGGAAGAGACCACGGCGCUGGCGACCGAAUGCAAGAAGCUCCUCGUCGCGAAGGCGGGCAUGGACGUGUCCCAUGAGGAUCUGGCCGUCAUCUUCACGCCUGCCAACGGCGAGAUGAUCGACGCCAGCGUUGAUACCAAUGCCUGGAUGGUCAAGUUGAGCAACAGCCUUGUUCGCCGGCUGAAAUGGCAGCACGUCCGCAGCCUCGGCGUGGUGACCCUCACGGGGCAAUUGCGGGCACCCGAAAAGCCCGAGCAAGACGCCGACGACGCGACAGACUCGCCCAAUAAAAAGCCCAAACUCGUGGACGGCAAGUCCGAGGCCGCUCCUUCAGCGGAGGAGGAGGCCAAACCCACGACGAUGACGACGACAACAGACAAGACAGACGUGUACCCGAUGCUGGACACCCUCCCCGCCAACAUGGCGGCCGGGACGCGGUCCAUGACGCGCCCCUUGCACGUGGGCGAUCUCCGACUUGCCGAUCUGCGCAAGAUCAUGCAGGGCGCCGGACACAAGGCUGAAUUCCGCGGCGAGGGAACGCUCCUGAUCGACGGGAUGGUCGCGGUGCGCAAGUCCGGCACGGGGAGGAUCGAGAUUGAAGCGGCGGCGCAGCUAGCUACCGCGGGGACUCUACGUGGCGGCGCAGGCAGUUUUCUGGCCGUCAAGAGGAAGAUCUACGAGGGUCUUGCGGUGGUUGCAGGCAGCUAACUACCAUUUUUCUGGUUUGGGGUUGGGCUUAGGGCUUGGAGUGAGAUUGAGCGUUUAACGAUGUAUUUAUAUGUUAUGUGAUGUGAUAUCAUUAAGUAAAGUGCAUUUC